AUGUCGGAUAAGCUAGCAUUUCAAUUCAAAAUGCAAACAAAAAUGCUUGAAAGACAAGCACUUUCACAUGAUAAACAAGAAAAAGGUGAACGUGAUAAAGUUAAAAAAGCAUUAAUGAAAGGAAAUAUUGAAGCAGCAAAAAUUCAUGCUGAAAAUGCUAUUCGACAUCAUAGUGAAUCACUAAAUUGUAAACGAAUGGCAGCUCGGGUUGAUGGUGUACAAGCACGUGUAGCUAAUUCAGCUGCACAACGACAAAUGGCAGCAAGUCUUAAACAAACAGUUACAUUAAUGUCGAAAGUCACCGCAAAUAUGCCAUUAACUGAAACUUCAAAAUUAAUGGAUAGUUUAGAAAAAAAUUUUGAAGAUCUUGAAGUUAAAACAAAAGUCAUGGAUGAUGCUAUGCAAAAUGCAACAUCCGUUCAACAACCAGUCGAUCAAGUUGCUAACCUUAUGCAAGAAAUGGCUGAUGAAGCAGGAAUUGAACUUAAUCUUAAUAUUCCAAGUGCACCUUCAACAGUUGCAGUCGGUGUUAAGACUGAACAAGACGAACUUACUCAACGAUUAGCAAAAUUGCGUGAAUCAUAA